UUUCUUUAUCAUUGUCCAUUAGCAUUAUCCUUUGUGAACCUUUGUCUUUUUGCCUCUCUGUGCGACUGUGUAACAUAGUAACGUUACGAUUUUUAUUCAAAGUCUUACGCCAUUAAGCACGACAGCAUUAACAAGAUAUAAAUAUACCCUGCAAUUACAAGCGAAUUGAGGUUAUUGAUGACAGAGAAUAAUUUAGAAAUAUGCACAACCGUCUACAAUCUUUACAAAUCUUACGCACACUGUAAUGAUUCUAGAGAUCUCAAAAGACAUCUGAUUCAGAUUCAACAAGAUCUUUUGGAAAAGGGAGAAAUCAACUACCGUUGUAUUGAGAGAUUUAAGUUUGCUUAUCCUAGAAUAAAAGAUAGAUUUUUUUAUGAAAAGAUAUUAAAGCUGGGACAAGCACUCAAAAAUGAAAAACCUUAUUUUCUGGAUAUUGGUUGCUGUACAGGUACUGAUCUGCGUCAGUUAUUCAUUGAUGGCUACCCGAAAGAAUGUCUAAUUGGUUUGGAGAUGCAACAAUGCUACAUCGAUUGUGGUUACUCUCUUUUCAGAGACAACACGCACACGUGCCCGAUUCGAUUCCUCACAGAAAAUCUGUUCGACAUUGACGAUCAGCAUCCAUUAUAUAAGAAAGUGAAAAUCAUUCAUGCGGGAAGUGUGUUCCACCUAUUUAAUUCCAGUGAAGACAUUGAAAAAUGCAUUUAUCAGACAACUGAGUUAUUGCAGCCAGGCGGGCUUCUAGUUGGAGGCCAUGUAUGUGCAGACCGCUCCGUUAGAUAUUAUCGACAAUCAACAAAUUCAGUUAAAUACCUGUCAGGUAUUGAUGAUUUCAAACAACUCCUUUCAAAACAGCGAUUUACAGACAUACAGAUAGAAACUCAUCCUCGACUGGGUGAGGAAGAGAAUGAACAAAGUGAUUUUACCGCUUUCUUUGUGUCCUUUUCUGCCGUUUAUAACCCGCAUUCUCUUUUAAAAAAAUGAUAAAUGCUCGGUCGAAAACGGUAACAAAUUUAUUCGACAAUAUAUCAUAUAAUGUAUUUAUUUUGAUCAUAGUGUUUACAAUUAAAAAAGUGGCUCAAUAAAUUAAGUGACUUCUUGAUAAGACCCC